AUGGGAUCCACAUUCUUCAUUCUCAUGGGGCUGGCAGUUACAGUUUAUAGUUUAGUGGACCAUGAUGGCUCGUUCCCAAGACAGAAGAUUUUGGAAGUUGAGAGAAAAUUAAAGCAUCUUAGAAGGCAUUCUUUGAAAACUAUUGAGAGUGAAGACGGGGAUGUCAUUGACUGCAUUGAUAUUAAAAAGCAGCCAGCCUUUGAUCAUCCUGCACUGACAGGUCACAAAAUUCAGAUGGUUCCCACUUAUAAUUCAGCUAAGGAGGACACAAUAGCAGAGACCAGGACUAGAACCAGAAAUAAAGCAAAGGAUGCCAAAAUGAAGAAGCAGAGGGCUGAAGAGUCUUCUCUGACUGUGACUUCCCAAGUGUGGCAAAGAAGUGGAAGCUGUCCGGAGGGAACAAUACCUGUUCGAAGAAUACAAAAGAGAGACUUGCUCAAGGCUCAUUCCAUUGAAGACUAUGGAAGGAAGAAGCCAAGCUUCUCUCACCAUUAUGUUGGUCAACUUAAUGAGAAUCUUGAAUCCUUUGUAACACUACAAAAUCAUUCUAAGGCAAUAUUGUUUACAGAUGGGUACCGUUACCUGGGAGGUAAAGGAGACAUUCUAGUAUUCAACCCUCCCGUUGAAAACGACGAUGAGUACAGCACUUCCCAAGUAUCUCUUUUAACUGGGCCUUACAAUGACUUUGAAUGUGUUGAAGCUGGAUGGGCGGUCAAUCCCAGUGUGUAUGGAGAUAGGCAGACUCGGUUAUUUGUAUAUUGGACGGCUGAUGGUUCAAAGAGAACGGGUUGCUUUGAUCUGACUUGUCCUGGGUUUGUUCAGACUAGCAAUGAAAUUGCCUUGGGUGCUGCAAUUUAUCCAAUAUCGAUUCCUGGUGAUCUUUCAUACCAAAUAACUAUUUACAUCUAUAAGGACCCCAUUACCAAUAAUUGGUGGGUGCAAUAUGGUGAGAAGACCAACAUAGGCUAUUGGCCACCCGAGUUAUUUGACACCAUAUGCUAUAAUGCGCAAUCUGUGGAGUGGGGGGGUGAAGUUUAUAGCACAACCGUUGGGCACACUCCUCACACUGCAACGCAAAUGGGUAAUGGGCAAUUUGCUUCAGUUCCUUUUGGUUCGUCAUCUAUAACAAGGAUGAGAAUUCAUGACAAUGCUGAAGCCUUGAAGAUCCCUGAAUGGGUUUCUGAUUUCUCAGACGAAUAUAACUGCUACGAUGUUCGGUACGUUGACGAUUAUGUUGAAGAUCCUGAGUUCUAUUAUGGAGGGCCAGGUAGAAAUCCAAAGUGCCCUUGA